AUUUUAUUUGAUCAUGUACCUUUCUUUGAAGACUUAAUUACGAUUAGCUAAUUUAAUAUCUAUUAUUGCAGAAGGAGAGAAGAAAACAGAAAUAUUUCGAUAAGUGUUAGCUGAACAAAGAAUGUUUCAACCAUACACAGCUUUUAAAAGACUGGAUUAAAUGAGAACUGGAGAAUUAACAUUUGAAGAUUUGUUCGAUUUUUUAGUAGACAAUAAAAUAAAUGCAUCAUAAGCAUAAGCUGAAUAUUUAAUGAGAAAAUUAGAUUAGAAUAGGGAUGGUAGAAUUACAUAUCCAGAGUAAACAAUGUAUCUAUGAGUCUAGUUUUGCUAAGUCAAUAUUACCAAAAGAAGACUCAAGAUUGAGAUAAAUUGCAUCCCUAAGAGAUUCUUACUCAUUAGAUAAAAAUAUGUUGUUACCAGCUGAAGUAGAGUGGGGGCUUUCUAAAAUUUUCUACUAAGAAAUUUAAAAUUAUAAGUAUAUUCAGACUUAUUGAGAUUAGCUCAAUUUCAACAGCUUAAGAAAUUUUAACAACUAGUGCAGAUUUUACCUCUCUUGAUGCAUUUAAAUGUAUUGAUGUACAAUUUUUAGGAUAUAUAACUAUUGAAAAGUAAGAUGUUUUAUAAAUUAUUUAGCCUUUAAGAAUUCUUAAUUUAAAAUGGAGUUAGAUUAUCUUUUGAUGAUUUAAUUGCAUUUUUUAGAGUUGUAGAUUAAGAUGCAGAUGGAAAAAUUAAUUAUUCAGAAUUACUCUAAGCAAUAACUUUUACUCCAGAUUAUUUUUCAUAAGAAAGAUAAUAUAUAGAUGAACUAAGAAAGAAUAGAGAUAGAAUAAUUCAAUUAGAAAGAGAAAAAGAAGAAAUUGAUAAUCUUAGAAGAAGUAGAGAAAGAGUUGAAGAGCUAAAAAAAAGCAGAGAAUAUUUAGAAUAAUUAGAAGAACUUAAAAAAAGUAGAGAAAAAGUUGAAUAAUUAGAAAAAUUAAGAAACAGUCGUGAAGGACAAGAAGAUCUUAAAAAAAGUAGAGAAAGAUUAGAAAAUCUAAAAAAUAGUAGAGAAUAUUAAUAAGAUUUAAAAAUUAGUACAGAAAGAUUAGAGGAUUUAAAAAAAAGUAGGGAAAGAUUAGAAGAUUUAAAAAAAAGUCGAGAGAGAUUAAAUUAAUUAGAGGAGUUAAGAAAAAGUAGAUAAAAAUAAGAAGAAUUAGAAGAAUUGAAAAAAAGUAGAGAAAGACAAAUUUAAAUUGAAGAUUUAAAAAAAAGUAGAGAACGUCUUGAAGAUCUUCGAAAUAGUCGAGAAAAGCUAUAAUAAUAGGAAUUUGAAAGAAAAAAUAACGAGAAAAUGGAAGAACUANGUACCUUUCUUUGAA